AUGGGGUUUCUAAAGAAAAAAUUGGUGUCUUGGGGAUCAUCUACUGUGAGGGCAAAGUAUCUUCACAUGAGAUGUAUUGCCCAUAUCUUAAACCUAGUAGUUCAAGAUGGUCUUAAGGAUUGUGAUAGUUCAGUUAAGAAGGUUAGGGAGGUGGUUAGAUAUGUUAGAAACUCUCCUGCUAGACUCAAGAAGUUCAGGGAUUUGGCUGAUUGGUUGAGUAUUAAACAAAGGUCUUCUUUGUGUUUAGAUGUUCCAACCAGAUGGAACUCUACCUAUUUGAUGUUGCAGUCUGCAUUAACUUACCAAAAAGUGUUUGAAUCUUUGGAGUCAGAUUGCUCUUUCAAGUCUGAUUUGGGUAAUUCAAUUCCUGAUUUUAUGGACUGGGAAUCUGUUGGCAGUCUGGUUCAGUUACUGAAGUGUUUUUAUGACAUGACCAUUAGAAUUUCUGGUUCUUUAUAUGUCACCUCAAACACAUUUUUUACUGAGAUUUCUGAUCUUUACUGCCUAUUGAAAGGCAUGGUGGAAGUUGGUGGGCCAGUUGGUGUGAUGGGAAAAAAUAUGAAGGCAAAAUUUGAGAAGUAUUGGGGUGAUGUUGAAAAAAUGAAUCUAAUGAUAUUUUUUGCAAACAUUCUAGACCCUAGAGACAAGUUAGAGUAUAUGCCUACUCAGUUUAAUCAUAUGUAUGGUGAGGAAAAGGGUAAACCAUUCUAUGACAAAGUAGUUGCUGGUCUUGCUGAGUUAUUUGAUGAUUAUUCUACAUAUGCCUCUUCUUCUGUCCCUUCUGUGCCUGUGUCUGUACAGCCUACAUCUGCCUCUUCUGUUUCUGUUGGGAAGCCACAAGAUUUUCUGAAGUCCCAAAUUAAAAAGCAAAGAUUGGAGUCUGGGGUUGAAGAGGAAGAAUCUUUUGAUAUACUUGGAUGGUGGAAGAUCAACUCUGCUAGGUUUCCAGUUCUGUCUAAGCUUGCUAGGGAUGUCCUAGCCAUUCCAAUCUCCACUGUAGCCUCAGAAUCUGCCUUCAGUACUUCUGGAAGAGUAUUGGAUCCUUUUAGGAGUUCUUUAACUCCAAAAAUUGUGGAAGCAUUGGUGUGUACACAAGAUUGGCUUAGAAUGCAAAAUACUCCUUUAUGUAUUGAGGAGAAUCUGGAAGAGUUGGAGAGGUUUGAAAAAGAGUUAAGUGGUGAUGGUGGAAGUGGAAGGUCUCUUGGUUCUACACUUGCUACAAUUCCUGUAAUGUUAUUAUUUACAUUACUUGAUUUACUUACUUGA